AAAGGACAAUCGUGUGCCUCUCUUUGUGCCGGUGCUGUUACUUUCUUUUUCACCUGGGGGUUCCUCCUGGUGGCUAAGAGCUGUCUCGCCAUCCUUCGCUUCCUUCCAGCCUUGUGUUCUGUGCUCUUCUCUGGCUCCUCCCUGACUGUGUAACUGGAGUCUAUCCAAAUGGUAUUUUAAUCCUAUUCCCUGGGAGUUUACAUGAUUAAUGGGGUAACCAAUGUGGCCUACUUAGAAUGCUUUGAGCAGGUGGGGCUCUGGGAAAAGCUGCCAGUGUCCGACCAACAUGGGCUCUGUUUUGGGGGUGGUCAUGUGAUGCUGGCAGCUGGACCAUGCGUGACUCGGGGAAGCUGAGUCAUUAUGGCUGAUAGGCAGGACGUGGACGUGCCAGCAUCAGCCACAGAAAGAUUCCCUGGUUCCCAUGUGUGCAGCUAACUCCUCACUGGGCCUCCCCUUAUCGUGGAUGUAUCUCCAGGUGUAGCUCCUUGGUAGGGAAUUCUCGCAGAGGCCGUCCAGGUACAGGAUUCCGUCAUGGUGGGAGACGAUCAUCUCUUGAAAAUCAGGGUUUGGGCCAAAACAGAAACCUUUUUGUAAAAGAGCUGGCUCGGAAUUUGGACCUGCUGGGGGAGGAUGGCCACCUUGUACCUAGAGGAGAAUUCUUUUCUGGGGUAAAAUGUUGAGGUGUCACAGAGGGCUCUAAAAGGUGAGUAAAAGGCAAUGUUAUUCUAGUUGCAGGGAUCAUCUGAUCUUUAGAUGAGUAAUCCGGCAUGGGGAGUGCAGGAGGCAUUUUCAUGAAAUGCUUUUCCAGGAGAGAUGUUGUGUGCUCUGAGCCUCAUUCAUUCGAGCAGCAAUGAGCACCUUGGAGCUGAGGGUAGUGCCAUGAAUAAGAUGUGUCCUUUGUUCUCCAAAGGUCACGUCAGACAGAGAAUUAGACGAGGCGGCUUGAUCAAACUAUGUCCAGUGUGGUGGCAAUGGAAAGAGCAUGGGUCUAGCAGGUCACAGAAAAUCUUGCUAGCACCCAGUAGGUCCCCAGUACCUGCCUGGAGAAUGUCGGGGGCUGAGGGCUUUGGACCCCAGAAUCAGAGUUCCUUCCUAGGAGGUGAAGCCCAUGGCAGCCCCCACCUCAGUGCUUCUCUAUUCUAAUUAGCUCAGCAGACCAUCCUGCCCAGUGCUUCUCAUCUUUGGUAGAGUCAUCCGUUCAAUCAGUCACCAAAACUAUCAAUGAUCACUUGACAUCUAUGAGAUGACAUGCUGGGAUGUGUUAGAUACAGUUUUAGUAAAAUACCAUAUUCCGUUUUUGGUCUUGGUGUGAUGUGCUAGUCAGCAGUUUCCAACACUUUCAUGCCUGGAGCCUAUUUUGAACAAAAAGAAGAGUCUACCAGACGAACCCAGACUUAAAAAACUAAAAGCUGGUGAUUUUCAUCAGUGACUUCCUUCCUUCCAGUGUGAGUCUGUCUGGCUUGGGAUAACCUAGUCUUUUUAUCUUGAGCUGCUGCUUCCAACCAGAAGCAUUGCUUCAGAAACAACGGACGGAACUGGAUGAGUCAGACUUUUUUUUUUUAAGUGUUAAUUUUGAUCAAAUGCAAUUUUUGAUCUGUUCUGUCUUUGGCCGAGAGAACCCAACCCACACGUAAGAUAGGAUUCCUUUCUGGGGAAGAUGACCAGCAUGCCUGACGGUGUGGAAUCCUCUAAGUGUGGCCAGAGGAAGGCCACCCAGAGGAGUCCUGUGGAGAAGAGCAGUGACUCCUGCUGUACUGGAAUAAUGCCUUAGGCUUGUCACAGGCAGCGUCAGCAGCUUCCAGUCAGCCUGCCUGUUGAGCUGAAGACAGGGUUUCUCUUCUGGCCUCACACCCAGAGCUGCCCUGUCCUCAGCUGCCGCACUGAGCAGCUCUCGCUAGUGACACCUGCUUGGUGGUACCCGUCAAGCCAGGCCAAGGGGACCAAGGGGAUAUUUACCUUAAGGCAUUGACAGUAAGGGGUGGCAUGAUAACUCUUACUUGUAAUCGACAAAGCUGACCUUAUUUUUUAUUCUCCAAGACCAAAAAGGAAGAAAUUGUCUUAAAGGAUAAAGAGGAUAAAAUCAGAUUGGACAUAAAAGAUUCAUAAUAACCAAGAUGAUUAGACUUUAACCCAGUAGACUUUAGCCCAAGUUUCUAAGAAGUCUUCUCCCCUGGAGGCUUUUUAAAAGUAGGGUAGGUUCCAUCUCACCCCCACUCCUGCCUCGAUGACAAAGCUAGAUGUGGAUCCCAGAUGGGAGGCAACUAGAUGAAGGCUUUUCACAAAUGAGUGAAAUGUUGGCGCUCGAUCACUUUAACGCAUUUUUAUUUUAAUUUAAGUAAUAAGAGAUUCUCUGGCUUAUGGUCUUGGUGUCUGUGCGUUCCGGCCAGGCCUCCUCAGCUCUGUCCUUGGUACUGCUCCAGCCCUCAGGUGGCCUUGGGAGCUGCACAUCCUUCUUAACAUGGGAAAGAUGAAUUGUGCCUUUCAGAGAAAGGUGUUAAAGACAGAUUAGCACCUCACUGAGGCAGGCUCUGCCCGUAGAUUUUCGUGAGCAUGGAAAAAUAGAUUUACUGAGAGAUGUGAGCUGUCAUUCUAGAGUUGGUCCCUUGCCUGUGGGGAGGACACCCUUGUUGCAGGGUUUUUUGUUUUGUUUUGCUUUGUUUGACCUCAGAAUUUGAAACUAGAAUUGUUUGCAGUAAACCUAUCAGAACCUACCCUAAGGUCUGGUGCUUUUUGUUUACGUUCUAGCUGAUUAUACUGUAUAAAAAAAAGAUAUGUUAAGUGUCUCAAAGCUGAUUCUCCUAAAUAGUAAAGGACUCUGUGAACAUUUAUGUCAGCUUGGCCACCACUGCCCAGCUACACUGAAAAAGUAAACUUCUGACCAGACUUUCAGAAGAUAUAAUUAAAAAGUACUUUUAAAGAAAAGCCUGCAAAUUCCAACAAGGAGCAGGCACUUGUAAUCAUUUUAUAAUCUUUAGGACCCCUCGGUGGGACAGGAGCAAUGUGACUUCUGAUUACUUCUGAUUUCGUGGGGGAAUUAGGAGGAAUUAGGGCUGCGAAAUUUGGGAAGAGCAGAACGAGUUCAAGACUUAUUUCUGUAAUUUCUCUGUAUACCCUGGCCCCUGAAAGCUUAUCAGAAAUAAAAAUAAUUUAUUAGAUACCCAUUGGGAAAAACUUUGAAGUAAGGCUAAGCACCUGCGUUGUGCUUUCUUUUCCUUUUAAACCUUCAUUCGACCCACCCUCUUCUCAUCAUCAUUCCUUCCUCUCUGACCGAAAGCUACUCAUCUGUGACUCACACUCCAGUCUCUUGCUGAAAGGUGCCCAUCCUUUCUUAGCUUCUGAGAUGCUCUAGGUCAUUUUGACUGUGGGGGAGGAAGGAGGGGGAUGCCGGUUUAGAGGCUGGAGCCAGCCCCUCCCACCACUGCACCCAGGCCGGGGGAGCAGGGGCAGGGGAAAGCUGCCUGGCUGAGUCUUUAGACAUCCCACCCAUGGUUUGCUCCUGAGACAGGGGUGAGAGGAAUACACAGUGGAGAAACAGUGGCAGAAGCCCCGCCACCACCGCCACUGCCGCCUCCUGCUUUAAGAAACAGCAGCAGCAUGGUGGCUCGCACCUCAGCAGCUUACAGUCAUGAUCCUAAUAAUAAUAGUGCAACCACCACAGUGACUGUGCCGUCCCUGCCAUUUAUUGAGCCCUUACUGUAUACCAGGCUCUGUGCUGGGUGCGUCACAAUUGUUAGCUCGUUGUCAUCCUCCCAGCAACCUCAUGAGAUCCGUCCUCAUUUUUGUCAGUAAAGGAAGUGAGGCUCAGAAAGGUUAAGUAAUUUGUGCAAGGUCACACAGCCAGGGGCAAGGCCAGCAUUCCAACGCAGGUCUCUGGGGCCCCCUAGACAGGGGUUCUUAUUAACCCAGCUGAUUCCUUUCCCUCUCGAGCUACCCUCUGUGUCCUUCCUUGUCCCCUUUGCCAUGGGCUCUCUGAGGCCUAACGCCAGGCCUCCAGCUGGCCCUGCUUCUGAGGCAGUCAUGCCUCACUCGGCUGAGCCAGUGUCUCCUAGCAGGUGCCUGGGAAUAUGGCUUUAGGAAAGCUCCCCAAGCGACUUGACACAUACUCAGGACUGAGAACCACUGGCAUGGAGGAAUAGCACUCUUCCUAGCAACAGCAAAGGGAAGGUGAUACUCGCCAGUGCAUUUGCGGGAUUUGGAUAUAGAAUGAGUGGGGAGGGCAGAUUCAAAAGAACUAGCCUUUCUGCUCUGGUGGCCAGAUGACGUUGGCUCUCUCGAUGUGCUUUGAGUCAAGAAAAUGGAAGAAAUUUUCAAAUGAUGCUUCCAGGUCAGCAGCUAAACCAAGUAACUGGGGUCUUAGUUCCUGGGCCAUGGCCAGUGAGAACCCAUUUGGCCCUGGCAGGGUAAAGGCUAGCAUAUCAGCCAAGGGUGAAACCCCAAAGACCAGCUUUCUCCCUUGCUUUUGGAUGCCUCGGCUGUUAGGCUGAGGGUGGCCACUGCCACCUCCUGGUGAAGUGACUCAAGCCACCACCUCCAGGCAUGGUGGCUUGUGGGGACAUAGCACGUCACCAUGGUCCCUCUCGUUGAGCUUUCCCCCUGUUCCUAGGUGAGGAUGCAGUAAGGCAGGAAAUAAGGAGGCUGACUGUCCCAGGCCUUUCUGUAUCUGAGUUCAGGUGGUCUCCUUCUGGCCUUCCAGGCUUUCUAAGAAUAGCCUUAUUUUGCCUGAGUUCAAGCAAACAGUUCAAGAAAGUGCAUGACCAGGAUCUGUGCCUCCUGCUCAAACUCCAGGGAGCUCUGCCCAGAGGAGGGGCCGAGGGCUCGCAGCAACAUCCCCUUGUGGUCCCCUUUGCUCUCCUAAGUAGAGCUGCCCAGAAAGCCUCUGCCCAGCAAGUGCCCACAUCUGACCUGCAAGAGAGUGGAGAGAGAGCAGCGGCCAGUCCCUUUCCACCUUCAAGGGAGGGGCGCCCGCCGGGAGAUGAGGCCGAUGAUGACUCAGACCUGUACUCUCCUCGAUACUCCUUUUCUGAAGACACCAAAUCUCCCCUCUCUGUGCCUCGCUCAAAAAGUGAGAUGAACUACAUUGAUGGUGAGAAGGUAGUUAAGAGGUCGGCCACGCUUCCCCUCCCCACACGCUCUUCCUCGCUAAAGUCAAGCCCAGAGAGAAACGACUGGGAGCCCCCCGAUAAGAAAGUGGAUACAAGAAAAUACCGCGCGGAGCCCAAAAGCAUUUACGACUAUCAGCCGGGCAAGUCCUCCGUGCUGACCAACGAAAAGAUGAGUCGGGAUAUAAGCCCAGAAGAGAUAGAUUUAAAGAAUGAACCUUGGUAUAAAUUCUUUUCGGAAUUGGAGUUUGGGAAACCGCCUCCCAAAAAGAUAUGGGAUUAUACUCCUGGAGACUGCUCUAUCCUUCCUAGAGAGGAUAGAAAGACUAAUCUAGAGAAAGAUCUCAACCUCUGCCCAACAGAGUUAGAGGCAGAUUUAGGAAAAACGGAGCCGCUUACUAAAGCACCCAGUGCAAACCUGUCACAGAGCUCAGCAGUCAGCCCCACUCCGGAAACUUCUUCAGAGCCUCCUGGAUAUAUAUAUUCUUCCAACUUCCACGCAGUGAAGAGGGAAUCAGAUGGGGCUCCCGGGGACUUUGCUAGCUUGGAGAACGAGAGGCAGAUUUAUAAAAGUGUCUUGGAAGGAGGAGACAUCCCUCUCCAGGGCCUGAGCGGGCUCAAGCGGCCAUCCAGCUCGGCCUCCACGAAAGUGGAUCGUAAAGGUGGGAAUGCUCACAUUAUUUCUUCAUCUUCAGUCCAUAGCCGAGCGGGUCACACUAGCAGUGUGUUAGGCCCUGGGUGUAAGCACAAGAAACCCCUGUCUGCCGCGAAAGCCUGCAUUUCGGAAAUCCUCCCCUCCAAAUUCAAACCCAGGCUCUCUGCUCCCAGCGCUCUUUUGCAGGAUCAGAAGAGCAUCCUGUUGCCAUCAGAAAAGGCUCAGAGCUACGAGAACUUGUGUGUCUCGGUUUCUCUGGGUGACUCCAAGAGAGGCCUCCCUCUGCAAGUGGGGGGCAGUGUGGAGAACCUGCUGAUGCGCUCGAGGCGGGACUACGACGGCAAGUUGGGCAGCACCAUGAGCCUGCAGGAGUACAGCACUGGCUCCAGGAGGCCCUGCCCGCUCUCCAGAAGGGCCGGCUCGCAGUUCACUGUGCUCUACCGGGACAUGCACCACAUCAACCGGGCCGGCCUCUCCCUGGGCUCCGUCUCCUCCUCCAGUGUGCGGGAUCUUGCCUCCCACUUUGAGAGGAGCGGCCUGGCACUGUCCAGGGGCGAGCUGGGCCCCAGCCAGGAGGGCUCGGAGAACAUCCCCAAGCACACCGUCUCCUCCCGCAUCACGGCUUUCGAGCAGCUGAUCCAGCGCUCACGCUCCAUGCCGUCCCUGGACCUGUCGGGCAGGCUGAGCAAGUCCCCCACGCCUGCGCUGGCCCGGGGCGGCCUGACCUCCGCCCGAUCGGCCGAGUCCCUGCUGGAGUCGACGAAGCUCCGGCCCAGAGAGGUGGUGGAGGGGCUCAGCCCCGAGGGCCUCUAUGCCUCCCCAAUAUGUAGCCGGAUGGCGGAUCCCACCCUGGGCUUCCGGGGCCUCAUGCCUUCCGAGCCCCUCUCCACCUGCUCAGACGAGCUGGACCGAUGCUCUAACAUCUCCAGCGACAGCCGAGAGGGCAGCAGCAGCAGUGUGCAUGGAGACUUCCCCAAACACCGCCUCAACAAGUGCAAGGGCACCUGCCCAGCCUCAUACACCCGCUUCACCACCAUCCGGAGGCACGAGCAGCAGCAGACCUGCAGGCGGCCCGACUGGCGCCCAGACCCCCGGGGGGACAAGGCCACGCUCCUCAGGAACAUCUACCUAAUGAGCCCCCUCCCUUUUCGGUUGAAAAAGCCUCUCCAGCACCCCCCUAGACAGCCUUGCUCCGGGGACUUCUCAGGCCAGAAGGCAGAGCCCCCCAGUCAGCCCCAUCUGGAUGAGCCCCCCUCUGGGGAGAAGCCCUCGGUCCCCAAACGCCUGUCUUCCCGGCACACCAUGGCCAGGCUGAGCCGGACCUCUGAGGCCCCUCAGGAGAGACCCUCAGCCCCGGAGGUCUGCCCGAGAGCCUUUAGUAACGGGAACUCCAUGUCAUACCCAGACCACGGCCUGGACAGGAACAACAACCCCCAAAGUGAACUGGGAACAUCCCUCGGAGAUUCAGAAUCGCCAAGGCAUUUUAUCCCAGCUGAUUACUUGGAGUCUACAGAAGAAUUUAUUCGAAGACGUCAUGAUGAUAAAGAGAAACUUUUAGCGGACCAGAGACGACUUAAGCGAGAGCAAGAAGAGGCCGAUAUUGCAGCUCGACGCCACACGGGCGUCAUCCCGACGCACCAUCAGUUUAUCACUAAUGAGCGCUUUGGGGACCUCCUCAAUAUAGACGAUACGGCAAAAAGGAAAUCUGGGUCAGAGAUGAGACCUGCCAGAGCAAAAUUUGACUUUAAAGCUCAGACGCUAAAGGAGCUUCCGCUGCAGAAGGGAGAUAUUGUUUACAUUUAUAAGCAGAUCGAUCAGAACUGGUACGAAGGAGAGCACCAUGGCCGGGUGGGGAUCUUCCCCCGCACCUACAUUGAGGUACGUGUGACUUUCCAAGGAAAAGCCUGGUCAUGCCCAAAGCCUCCUUUCUCUAACUCAUGUUUUGUUUCCUCUUUUCCUCCCAUUUUCCCUGCUUUCUUCUCUCUUCUGUUCUUCUUCACCUCUUUUCUCCUUUCUCAGCUUCUUCCCCCUGCUGAGAAGGCUCAGCCCAAAAAGCUGACACCAGUGCAGGUUCUGGAAUACGGCGAAGCCAUCGCCAAGUUUAACUUCAAUGGUGAUACGCAAGUGGAAAUGUCCUUCAGAAAGGGCGAGAGGAUCACACUGCUUCGACAGGUGGACGAGAACUGGUAUGAAGGGAGGAUCCCAGGGACGUCCCGGCAAGGCAUCUUCCCCAUCACCUAUGUGGAUGUGAUCAAGCGGCCACUGGUGAAAAACCCCGUGGAUUACAUCGAUCUGCCUUUCUCCUCCUCCCCAAGUCGAAGUGCCACUGCAAGCCCUCAGUUUCCUGGUCACAGCAAGCUCCUCGUGCCAGCCCCCACAUCUCUGCCCCACCCCCACCGAGCCCUGUCCCCCGAGAUGCACGCGGUUACCGCUGAGUGGAUCUCACUGACUGUAGGGGUCCCGAGCCGGCGUUCUCUGGCCCUGACCCCACCCUUGCCGCCUCUGCCCGAGACGUCUGUCUAUAGCACAGACCCCCUGGCCUCGUUGGCGAGGCCCAGCCCUUCCCUGUCCCUCAGCCUCCCCACUUCGAGCUGGUCGGACUGGUCCACCCCACAUGCAGUAGGCUCCCCGCUGGCCCUGCCUCCCCCGCACAAAGCCUGCUCCCUGGUGCCCGGUGCCCAGGCCUCUCUUCACAUCAACGGAGACAGCAGUACCCACAUGGCACCUCCGGGGCUCCGCCAGGAUAGCUUCUCCCAGCUGCAGCUUGGGCGCUCCGACAAGGUCAUCUCGGAGCUUAGCGACGCCUUUAGCAGCCAGGGUAAGCGGCAGCCGUGGCGAGAAGAAAGCGGAGCCCGUGACAGGGAGGCAGGUGAGAGAUGCCUGGGUGGACCCGCGAUCUCUAAGAAGAGCUGCCUGAGACCUUCAGACGUGGUCAGGUGCCUGAGCAGCGAACAGAGAUUCCCAGAGCUCCACGCCCCGGAGGAGAGCUGGCCCCGCCGGCCGCUGGGUGGCCCUCUCCCGGGAAGGGAGGCUGAGCACCCAGAGCUUCAUAGAGGUGGCGAGCCGGCCAAGAGGAAGGCCGCUCGGACGGGUGCGAGCCAGCCUUCUCAUCAUUCAUUGAGAGCAGGACCUGAUCUCACAGAGUCUGAAAAGAGCUAUGUGGAAGCAGUUUGCAAUGAGAUCAUAAACAUUGCCGAAAAAUCGGUUCAUUACUGCAGCACUGUUUCUCAUCCCCUUGACUUUCAUCACAAGGUAUCCCCUUCUGACAAUAAAUCAUCUUUAAUCAUUUCUCAGCAACCUCAAGCCCAGCAGCGAAGAGUCACCCCAGACAGGAGUCAAACCUCCCAGGAUCUAUUUAGCUACCAAGCAUUGUAUAGCUAUAUACCGCAGAAUGAUGAUGAAUUGGAACUCCGAGAUGGAGAUAUUGUUGAUGUCAUGGAAAAAUGUGAUGAUGGAUGGUUUGUUGGUACUUCAAGAAGGACAAGGCAGUUUGGUACUUUCCCAGGCAACUAUGUGAGGCCUUUAUAUCUAUAAGAAGACUGAAAACCACGGAGAUGAUCCUUUAUUGGAGGAUGAAGCAGAAUUCAUGUCUUGGUCUCUUUAUUUAAAUGUUGAGUCAGUAGGAAAACUAAUGCAGUGGAUAAAGUAAGAAGCAAAAGAGGACAGAGAAGUGUUGUGUUUAAAACCCGAGCCUGUCUAAGUUUACUUAUCAGACAGGGCUUGAACCAUGCAACAAAAGGAAUGAGGCAAAGCAGUAUUGGUUUAGCUGCUUCUGGGAGCCACGCCGGCCCUGCCCUUCCCCCUCCGCCUCCUGCCCGGCUUGGGUAAACCGAGCUGCGGCAGGGUCCCGGAGCAGUUAGGUCAGAAAGGCCUCCUGCUGCCCCAGGCUUGACCAGCUUUGGCUCAAAAUGGUCAUUUGUCCUGCAGGAGCCCUCGGAGCACCGAGCAGAGUCCCAGCCAUUCUGCAAGGCUCCAUGUAGACUCCCCCUCGUCUCGCCCUUAGCCCUGCUAGAGAUCAGUUGGGACUGCUGAGACGCCUCCUAAACAGUGGGGGAGCCCCCUAACGACCCCAGCCCAAGUCCCUCACUGCAGGUAUGUUGGGAAGUGGAGGUCAGAGUAGGGGCCCUGUGCAUUCAGCCUGCCUGCAGCAUUGCCACCAAUGCCCCGAUGUUCAGCCAGAAAAGCACACAAGGUUUGCACGUGGAGCAAGGGGGCCAGGCAGAAAGUUAACAUUUGCAUUUCACGUGAUUAAGGCAAGAAGCCCUAUAGCCCUUGAGAUCCUUGCAGUGGCUCCUUCCCCAUUAUCACCGGCUUUUACAAAUAGUCACCUUCAGGGCAGCACAGUUUCCUAGCAGAAUGCCAAGGCCACCCUUCCUUGUCUGGAUUGUUUUAGGCCAGGACAGUUUGGGGUGGCUGGGCCUAUUCUCAGAGAACCAAGCAUGGUGUUCAGUGAUUCAUUUAAUACACACUCGUGUACACUGGAUGCCCGGGGCCACCCAUGAGCAAGGCUGCUCCCAGGCUUCAGAAAGGGUUGCAUGUCUCCAUUUUCACUCCCCACAGAGUCCAGGGACCACUCACAAUACAGUAGCCCAGGCUUACUAUGAGGGUUCUCUCCAGCACAGAAGGUGCAGUGACCCUAAGUGUGAGGCCAUAUGAUUCAUCCACCCCCCAGGACAUCUGUCCUUUGGAGGGGUCAGAGCCAAGGAAGGAGGCCCCUGUGAGGUGUGGGGUGUUUGGUCACAGCUUUAUCCAGGGCAAGGGUGUUUAUCAGCCCAUGCGACACCUUGAAGAGACGAAGCUAGAAAUGACCCGCUCCCUGCCUGUUGGGAACUCAGAGGUGGUUGGGGAGACAGACACGCAAGGAACAUUCAAUCCAGAGAGACUGUGAUAUGUGCUAAGAAGGGUUGAAGAGGGAGAGAUGAAGGGAUCCUAAAGGCAUAGUCAUAUUUCUGUCUCUGUUAGCUCACUUUUGAACAGCUAGGUUGCUGGAGGAAACUUGAGGGCUAGUUUUUGGCUAGAAAUACUUGGAACCGGUUCCAGGGUCUUCGAACUCAUCCUCCCUACAAAUAUGCAUUCAAGGUCACAAAUAGGUGGACCAGUUCCAGGCUGGUCAAGUGUGUACAGGGACUGCGGCUCUCUGCAUAUAGCUCAGAAUUGUCCCAGGACCGAUGUCCCAAGUCUGGAGUCUUCAUAAGUAGGCAAAGAAUGUCUUCAGUGCCUCUGCGUCUGUCUCCACUACUCAUCUUAGGACCCCCAUCAGCUACCCACCCUGCGUCAGACAGCCACAGUACCCUCACUUUCUCCCAGUCCUUUCAAAUCCUGCUCUCAGGAAAGCACCUGCCACUGACUCCUUCACACUAGAGUGUAAAUGACUGAUAGGAGGAACAUGUUACUUUUUUCAGAAACAUUGGCUUUUUAACAAGGACACAGCAGAGCCUUAAUCCCAAGGGGGAAAGUCUGUGGAACUACCGGGGCUAAGUUGGGGGGGAGGGGAGCAGGUAGGGGUGGAUGAACUUCCUGGGUGGAAAGGGACUCCUUGAUACUCCUUAAAUUAAGACUCAGUGCCCUUGGACGGUGAGGUGGGCCUUCCAAAGCAAUAUGUUUCUGUCUCUGCUCCCCUGCUCCCCACUCCCACCCCCAAACGUAGUUCAAGUGCAUCUAUGCCUGUGCAUUUUGUACGGUAGCAUUUCACCCAUUUUGGAAUGUAAUUCUUAUCCCGGCUAAAUGUGUUUCCUGGUCUUUCUUCGAGGCAAACCCUGAACAACACAAUCUUACCUGUUUUGAGGGGUACUUAUUAAGUAGGUUAUUUUGAACACCUCUUUAAAUACAGCUAGAAAAUAAACCAAUUUGUAAAGCCACAUUUGCAUAUGAUGCCAGCCACAAAACUUUGUACAUCUCCAGAAUCCCAGGUAUGCCUCACCCAUUUGCCCGCCUUGAAUCAACUCAUCUGUUACAACCUUGCGUCAAACUUCAGCUUCCUACACACAAUAAAACAAGGAACAAAGGGUUCGACUGCUCCUUUGUCCUCAGACAUUUAGGAAUAUAAAAUACCUAUUUUUAUGCUGAGAUAUUUAUACAGGUUUAUUAAUCCAAGCGCAACUAACUGGAGGCAUGUGCCCUACAACACAUUUUGAUAGAUGAGUCAUGCUUCUGGGUAAAGGCAAGCCCCAAACUACUUAUCUUUUGCAGUCUCUCUGGGUCAGUAAGAGGAAAAAAAAAAAAAAAAAAAAUCAUAUGCUUAAGAAGUGGGACUGUAAAUAUGUAUAUUUAACUUUGUAUAUCCCAUGUACCUACUUUGUAUAGAAAAAUCAUUUUAAAAAUUUGAACCGAAGCAGAGGUAAAUAAGGAAGUCAGGAAGGUUUUUUUCUUUUGCCUAUUUAAAUGAAGGAAUUCCAAACUGACCUGCAGGUUUUUAGCACAAAAAUAGCCAUGGUAAAGUGUUACAAUAAUCAUUCUUUCUGGGAGAGAAGGUAACUUCUCAAUUACAGUAGAUUUUCUUAUUAUUUGACUUUUUUUGCAGUCCUAUUUACCUGCAGUAGUAUCAAGUCCUAUUGCUAGAAUAGGUUACUACAAAAAAAGACAUCCUGAAAGAAAAAUAACGGACAUUCUAUAUAACCAGUUAAUUUAAAGUAUUGCCAUUUAAAUUACACACCAAGAGCAUGUACUAUGCACAGAUUUUCCGUUCAUUAUUUUUUUUCUUGCAGUGGAUCGAUUUGACAAAUAGAUGUUGAAUUAUUCCAUUUGCUGUAUAUAUUAUUUAAUAAACUUUAUUCAGAAUUUGGUGGC